GAAAAGUUGGCGCCGGCUGAAUUGGAUGCGUUUCUCCUGAACACUAAACGAGCCUGGGACAUGGGGGUCAAGUUGGCCUGUGGGGGAGAUACCGGCGCCUUCGCGCACGGAGACAAUGUCAGAGAACUGGAACUCAUGCUGAACGCAGGGAUCCCGGUGGAAGAAGUGCUCGUGGCCGCAACGCUGCAUGGUUGGGAGGCCUGCGGAGGCGACCUCUGCGGACGACGCUUUGGCUGGAUAGGAAAGGGCGUCGCUGCAGACAUCGUUGGACUCGACGCGGAUCCAAGGACAGCCUCGAAUGCCCUGCGCAAGAUCAGCUUUGUCAUGAAGGACGGACGAGUGUGGAAGCGCGACGGGGUGGCCGUUGGGAUGACAUGAUGCUGGAAUGCCAGUCUCUUCUUCCUUCCCGGCCCGGUUAGCAAUGGCUGGAAGUUGAAUCCGACGAGCUGCUGCAGUGUCAUUAGUAUUGGACUGGUAUAAUCCAUAAUAAUCACUUAUCGCACAACGCCAUCAGAGUUGCGCCGCAGCGCGCCCCGUGCAUAUCUUCGGCAAUCUCGGGCAGCGUCCUAUCUGCAGCAAUAAUGUCGGAUUGCCACCUCUUAUCAGUCCCUCUCACCGUCGUUCCUGAGUCUGCAGAAGGUCCAAGCAGUCAGCCUUAGUUCUGGCACUCGCCACGCCCAUCUGCCCGGUGUUUCAUUGGCGAUGCGUGGGUGGUGUUGCCCAUCGGUUGCCCCCUAGGGCGCUGCAGCUAACUCCUGCUAGUCCCCACCGUUGCGAAGAAAUGCUUCAUAAAGCCUGCGUGCAGACAAUGUCGGCCGUCCACCAGCAUCCCAUCUUCUGCGCUCAUCUCGGAGCACUCGUCCCCCAUCCUGCCUGACAGGACGCGGCCCCUUAUGGCUUCUAUCAAGGAACAGCCGCUGGACAAAUCUGUUCACCCCGUGGUCAACAGCGCCGACGAGGAGGUGCAAGGUGGCCAAUAUGUCGAAGUAGACACUGAGGAUCCGAAUGCCCAGUACGACUAUGACUCGGAACGGUCUCCCUUCGCAGAGGUCCGUGCGGUCGUCCCUGAGACCGAUGACCCAGGCAUGCCCGUCAACACACUCCGCAUGUGGCUGCUGGGACUGAUCUUCACCAUCUUCGGCUCUGGUGUCAAUCAGUUCUUCUCUCUUCGAUAUCCCUCCGUGCACAUCGUUUCCCUGGUCGCCGAACUGCUGGCAUACCCAUGCGGCGUGGCUCUUGCCAAGGCUCUCCCCGUGAAGACCAUCAGUCUUGGACGACUGGGCAGCUUCUGCAUCAAUCCGGACCAUGAGUUCAACAUCAAGGAACACGGGCUGAUCGUGAUCAUGAGCAACGUUUCCUUCGGCUUCGGUAGCGCUGAUGCGACCAACAUCAUCCAAGCCAGCAGCAAGUACUUCUACAACUUCGGGUUGAAGGCCGGGUUCUCCGUGCUCUUCGUCAUCUGCGCGCAGCUCUGCGGCUUUGGGUUUGCUGGGCUGUCUUCCACCUGGCUGGUGGAACCGGCCAAUAUCAUCUGGCCGCAGGUGCUGUCCAACUGUGCUAUGCUGGAAAGUCUGCAUUCUCGGGCCAACAGAAUCGCGAAUGGAUGGAAAAUCACCCGUAUCCGCUUCUUCCUCUACGUCUUUGCCGGUGCCUUCGUCUGGUACUGGUUCCCUGGGCUGAUGUUCACGGCCCUGUCCUAUUUCACCUGGCUCUGCUGGAUUCUCCCGCACAACAAGAUUGUCAACCACCUGUUCGGCAUGCAGACCGGACUGGGUCUCAGCCCCAUCACCUUCGACUGGAGCCAGGUGGCGUACAAUACGAACCCGCUUCUCUCGCCUUCCUGGGCUGCUCUCAACGUGUUCGGUGGCUUUGCCAUCUUUUUCUGGAUCGUCAUCCCUGCGAUCUACUACACAAACACAUGGUUCACUGCUUAUCUCCCGCUGAUGACGGCCGACGUCUAUGACAACACCGGUGCCGUCUACAACACCAGCCGAGUCGUCGCCCCGGACCACACGCUAGACGUCGAGGCGUACCGGAACUACUCCCCUCCUUUCCUCGGAGCCUCCUUCGCCUUCGUCUACGGUCUCUCCUUCGCAUCCAUCACCUCUGUCCUCACGCACAUCUACUUCUGGCACGGAACCGAAAUCUGGAACUCCCUCAAGGGCCGCAGCAAACUCGACGUCCACGGCCGCCUCAUGCGCUCCUACCGCAAAGUCCCCUGGUGGUGGUACGGCAUCGUCGUCCUCAUCAUCACCGUCAUCGCCAUCGUCAUCGUCGAAGUCUACCACACCAAACUCCCCGUCUGGGGCGUCAUCAUCGCCAUCGUCAUCCCAGCCAUCUACAUGGUCCCCUGCGGCAUCGUCCAGGGCAUCACUAAUGUCGACGCGAACCAGCUCUCCGUCCUCGGCGAAUUCCUCGGCGGCUACCUCUUUGAGGGCAAACCCCUCGCAAACAUCAUCUUCAAAACCCUCUCUACUGACGUCGUCGGCCAGGGCAUCUACUUCGCCAUGGACAUGAAACUGGGUCACUACCUCAAGAUCCCGCCCCGCACUCUUUUCAUGGCUCAGGGCAUCGCUACCAUCCUCGGCGCCCUGACACAGGCCGGUGUCACUAUCUGGAUGCUCGGCCAUAUCAAGGAUAUCUGCUCCCCGGAUCAAUCGGAUGGCUUCUCCUGCCCAUCCGGGAGAACAGUCUACUCCGCCUCCGUCAUCUGGGGUCUUGUCGGUCCCAGCCGUCUCUAUUCCGUCGGAAAGAUCUACUCGUCCCUCCUGCAUUUCUUCUGGAUCGGCGCCGUCAUCCCAGCCGUCACCUACUACGUCUACAAGUACACGAAACAGAACUUCUGGAAGUACGUCAACUGGCCCCUCAUAUUUGUCGGUACGUACAACGUGCCCCCCGCCACGGGCAUCAAUUAUUCCAGCUGGGCCUUGGUCAAUUUCCUCUUCAAUUCCUGGGUCAAGCGCAAGUUCUUCGACUGGUGGACUAAGUAUAAUUAUGUCCUUGCUGCCGCGCUGGAUACCGGUCUCGCGCUUAGUGGCAUUAUUAUCUUCUUCUGCGUCUCGUAUCCCGGUGCCGUCUUCCCAGAUUGGUGGGGAAAUACUGUCUAUUUGAAUACUGAUGAUGGCUUGGGCGUGCCGUACAAGGAAAUGCCUGCUUCAGGGUACUUUGGGCCUCCUAAUGGGACAUGGACUUGAUUUCUUUCUUUUUCUGUUUAUCGUGUACCAUUAUCUUGAGAGCACAUAAGUGUAAUGAAAUAGACCUCAUACAUUUCUCCUAUCCAUCUCUCUACCUCUCAGUUUUGUUUACCACCAUCUACACCGCGCACAUGAGGAAUUUCGA